AUGUCUGCACACGACGACGAUGGCUUUGAUGGCUACUUGGAGACGACGGUUGAUCCAGGGUCGACCAUUCUGGUUUCUACCAUUAUUCUGUGUGGGCUGCUUUAUUGCUUCUUGCCAUGGAUGGUAUCGUUCGGAAACCGAUACCAAAAACGCAAGGAAGAAGCUGACCGGACGUUAGAGAGUUUGGAAACGGAGAAUCUUGCGCGCAGCCUACCCCAGCUGGACGAGGAAACACAUUCGUCUCCCUCUAGACCACAGUUCCUUGGCAUCAACCAAAAUCGCGUCCAGAACCAUCAGCAUGAUGACAUGUCGGUGUCUACACGGAGCAGUGUGGUGUCUUCGUUCGUUGAUGUCGUUCUCAACCCGGCUCCUUUGGCCGCGGGAGGUCGACACGCGCGUUUGGCCAGGUUAAGAGCACGAACACGAGACCUAGAAAAAGCAGCGCAGACAAGAAAGAAUGCCACUACCAGUCACCUCAACGAAACCAUUGGGGCACAGUCAGACACUCACUCCGUUCUGGAUAAACUAGAUGCAGAUGAAGUUUCCUUUCGUGAUGCCGUCGAUGAGGAAGGGCACGUUGAGCUACUCCCUACCAGCAAGGCAACGAACGGAAUAGAUCGUGCACCCCGCGACUUUGCGUGGUGGAGACUGGCAUCAAUUGCCAAUUGUUUUGAUCAUCUCUUGACAAUAGUAGAAUGGGAUUCUGAAACCAAGCAAAUUUGGAAGCUCGCUUUGCCUUACAUUACGCAAGCUGUGCUGACUGGGUUUGCCGAAUUAGCCAGAGUGGCAAUUAUUGGUAAGAUGAUUGGCACAAAAGAAGUUUCGGCCUAUAUUACUGUCAAUCUCUUUUUGGGCUUGACGAACAAUUUCCUGGGAGGCUUUGUGGGCAGUCUUUCCACUCUCUGCAGUCAAGCAGUCGGAAACAAAAACGAUAUUCUUGCUGGACAGUAUAUCCAGCUAGCUUUCGGUUUUUAUACACUGUUCUCGUUGAUAUUAAUGACCAUGUGGUCCUUUCUGAUUGACAGCACACUAGAGUGGUUGGGGUUCGACGAAGAGACUGUUUCUGCUGGUGUCGACUACUCUCUGGUGUACAUAUUUGUCGGCCUUUGCAACGGGGUAAACCACGGCAUUCACUCACUUUUGGACACGAUGGAAUACGAAGGAUACAGUGCAAUAAUUACAGUUCUUCGCGAACUUUCUGUAACAGGAGUGAUCUUUUUGGCAGCCUUGUUUUUCGACGUUCGACUCCAAACCGUUGGAUUUCUAGAUUUGGGGGUUAGCUUGGGAUUCCUGCUACUCAACAUACUAACAAUUGCGUGGACGGGAUGGUUUCAGCAGUUUUACAUAGGACUGUUUGGAACACGGGCACUCGAGAAUUUCGCUGCUGUCAAGGUCCUUUUGCGGACCUCCGGUUCACUCGCCUUCGGGUACCUACUUUCUUAUAGUGAAUGGGAAAUAUUAACAGUUUUCGCGAGACUACUUGGCCCAGCAGAGAUUGUCGCAUGGGGUUUGCUUGGCACCGUAUGGAGUUCACUGAGUUACGUAACGCAGGCUACGGCCGACGCGGCAGAAGUUCGCUGCGCUUUCUUGUUAGGUGCUGGACAACCGUGGAACGCUCGACUUUCGGCGUACAAGUCAGCUCUCAUGGGCGUAAUUUCUGCCAUGUUGACGACAGGUGCCAUAUUUGUAAUCGCUGAAGAUUUACCAACGUGGUUGACCUCUGAUUCGACGUUGCAAGCGAUGGUUGGUGACCUCAUUCCUUUGUUUGGUAUGGGAAAUAUGGCGUUAUCUUUUGGUACUAUGACGGGGACGCUGGUGGGCUCACAAGGAAGAUAUCGGCUUUCCACCGGGGUUUGCUUGUUGGGAAGCUGGUUGGUAACAAUACCAUUAGCCGCUUUCUUCACAGCCGGACUAAACAUUGAUCUUCAAGGCCAAACGGCUGCAGUGGUCAUCGGUUGUAUGGUUUCGGGCACCGCGAAUUGCUAUUUUUUACUACGGUCGGAUUGGCCAAAUUUGUCCAGUAAGGUACUUUCCGAAAGCGGCUCCGGCACUGACAAAGAAGAUGGGGACAAUCAUGGCGAGGAAGACCAGGAGCAGAGUUCGUAGCUGUUUUUUCCAACUCUCGCGCUCAUAUGACUAGACGAUUAUCUAGUUUGCGUAUAGGAAAAGUGUCUUCAACUC